GUGAGGGUUAUAACGGCAGGCGGCCGCCGCCAUCUUCCUCUCGGUACCACACAGCCAUGGGACACCAGCAGCUCUACUGGAGCCACCCCAGGAAGUUCGGCCAGGGCUCCCGCUCGUGCCGCGUGUGCUCCAACCGCCACGGCCUCAUCCGCAAGUACGGGCUCAACAUGUGCCGCCAGUGCUUCCGCCAGUACGCCAAGGACAUCGGGUUCAUCAAGCUGGACUGAGCGCCGGGAGGAUGAGGCGACAGCCAGGAGCGGCCGGGGCGUUCCAGAGCAUCCCUGACACAUCUCCAGCGUCUCGGCUCAGCCUUACCUAAUAAAUGCUCUCCUAACCCA